AUGCCUCAAGUCAAGCACAUUGAGCCUGGGCCAAAUACUAUACGAUUACUGCUGACAACAGAUAAUCAUGUUGGCUACAACGAGACAGACGCGAUCAGAGGCGAUGACAGCUGGAAGACGUUUGAGGAGAUCAUGUAUGUGGCAAAAGACAGAGGCGUAGAUAUGGUUGUUCAGGGUGGUGACUUGUUCCAUAUCAAUAAGCCGUCGAAGAAGUCUCUAUAUCACGUUCUGCGGAUUCUGCGAAGCACAUGCUACAGCGAUAAACCUGUUGAGCUGGAACUUCUUUCAGACCCCCUUUUGUCCAUGGAUAACAGGGCUUUCAAUUAUCCCAAUUAUGAGGAUCCAAAUAUCAAUGUCGGGAUACCAGUGUUUGGGAUUUCGGGGAACCACGAUGAUGCUACUGGUGACGAGCUGCUGUCGCCUAUGGACAUUAUCUCUGUCACGGGACUUUUCAAUCACUUUGGAAGAGUCGUAGAAAAUGACUCGAUAACCGUCUCACCUUUGCUUUUCCAAAAAGGUUAUACUAAGCUUGCGCUGUAUGGAAUGGCCAGUGUGCGAGACGAAAGACUGUACAAAACUUUCAGAGAUGGAGGCGUGAAGUUCACCACUCCAGACGUUCAACAAGAUUCCUGGUUCAACAUGAUAUGUGUUCACCAGAAUCACACAGCACACUCCAACACAGCCUAUCUUCCCGAGAAUUUCCUGCCUUCAUUUUUGGACUUCGUUCUCUGGGGUCACGAGCACCAGAGUUUGCCAUAUACCACGCCCAACGUUUCUGGUGGGUUCGAUGUUCUCCAGGCGGGUUCGUCAAUAGCCACAUCACUUUCUGUGGGAGAGGCAGAUCCGAAGUACACUUUUAUUUUGAGCAUAAAGGGAAAGGACUACUCGCUGGAGGCGAUACCUUUGAAGUCGGUCAGGCCGUUCGUCAUGAAAGAGGUUGCUCUUUCUACCACUGGAAUACCGGCCACAACACGGGCCAAGAGUGAUAUCACAGAUUAUCUCAUUAAUGAGGUCAACAAACUCAUUGAGAAAGCCAAUAAUGAAUGGAAGUCCCUAAAUAAAGAGGAUGAUGACGAAGAUGACGAUAACAUAGGUGAUCUGGAAACACCUCUGCCACUAGUCCGAUUACGAGUGGAAUAUUCUGGUGGUUACGACGUCGAGAAUCCCAGAAGAUUCUCUAACAGGUUUGUGGGCCAGGUCGCGAAUGUCAACGACGUUGUAACGUUCUACAGGAAAAGAACCACUGACAGAAGUUUGCUUGAGACGAAAAAGACCACUAAGAAAAUAUCUGAUUCUGCCUCUAUAGGUAUAGACGAGGAUGGCACGGUUGAUGUAUCCACACUGGUGGAUAAUUUCCUGGAUGACCAUGACUUGAAUCUUCUGAACAAAGCCAAAGUUGGAGACGCAAUUAGACGUUUUGUGGAGAAGGAAGACAAGUCUGUGUUGAAGGCUCUAAUCGACGAGGAGAUGGAGCAGGAUAUGAAGAUAUUUAUUGAGCUGGAUAUGGAAUUGGAUGGUGACGAGAACAAUCCACAUGGACAGCAGUUGAAAGGCUCAGGAGCGGAUACUCAGCAAAGUCUAGUGGCCACCAAGAAGGGAUUCAAGCAGAUCCUGAAGCAACUUCGAAACGAAGAAGACUCUAUGGGUCAGAGCAUGUCAGCUUCCAGUGCUUCAAGCGUUAAACCUGCUAAGCGAAAGACGAAGAGCAAAGCUAGUUCAUCCAAAUUUGUGGUUUCAGAUAACUCAUCUGGCGACAGCCUAUCAGAAGAAGAUAAUGAUGAUCAUGACGUUCCUGCGAAAGAACGAACUCCACCACCUCGAAGAGCAAAGAAGCCUGUUAGAGUUGUUGAGGUUCUAGACUCGGACUCAGAUAUGGAUGUUGAUGAUUUCGAUGAGAGUGCUGAUGAUGAGGAUUUCGCGGAAGCUCCUCCAGCAAAGCCGUCUAAUAGAAGAAGCCGUAAAGUGAACGGCAAGUGA